CCCAUGAUCUUCAUGGCUUUUUGUGCCUUACCUGUCCUCAGGUGUACACUGUGGGGCCGGACUACGCUCACGCUGAGGCCCGUAAGUCUCCGGCUCUUGACGGGAAGGUGGAGAGAGACAGCGAGGGGAAAGAGGUCAGAUACCCCGUCAUGCUGUCAGCCAUGGAGAAACUGGUGGCUCGAAAAGUCUGCCUGGCGUUCAAGCAAACAGUUUGUGGCUUCGAUCUCCUGCGAGCAAACGGACACUCAUACGUCUGUGACGUGAACGGUUUCAGUUUCGUGAAGAACUCCAUGAAGUACUACGACGACUGCGCCAAGAUACUCGGGAACAUCGUGAUGCGAGAGCUGGCCCCUCAGUUUCAGAUCCCGUGGUCCAUCCCCACAGAGGCCGAGGACAUCCCCAUCGUCCCCACCACCUCGGGCACCAUGAUGGAGCUGCGCUGUGUGAUCGCCGUCAUCAGACACGGAGACAGGACGCCCAAACAGAAGAUGAAGAUGGAAGUCCGGAACUCCAUGUUUUUUGAUCUGUUUGAGAAAUACGGAGGAUAUAAGACCGGAAAGUUAAAGCUGAAGAAGCCCAAACAGCUGCAGGAGGUGCUGGACAUCACCCGGCUGCUGUUGGCUGAACUGGGACAGCACAACGACUGUGAGAUCGAGGAGAAGAAGUCCAAACUGGAGCAGCUGAAGACCGUUCUGGAAAUGUGUCACCGUGAGUUGUUGUCUAUGCCGGCAGUAAAACGAUUUUCUGUGUCGUUUGCAAAGUAUCCGACUAAUGGAACCAAAGAUGACACAUCCACUGCUGCAGUCGCUCCACCUCUGUGGUGCACUGCCAGAGAGCCCGUGGAGGAGCACCAUGUGGCUCAGUUGUUGAGGCGUUUCUCCUCAGACCUCAGCCUGGGUCAUCACCUCCUGCUGGAUGGAGCUCUGGCUCAUCAUCUCCAUCAGUGCUCCUACCACCUCCGCCUCCUCAGAAACUGGCUCAUCUCCGGCCAGGAGCCCGUAGAGUGCCUCCACGGGUUUGAAGGAUGCUCCAUGGUGCCCUCCAUCUAUCCUCUGGAGACGCUGCACAACUCACUCUCUCUCAAACAGGUCAACGAGUUCCUCUCUGGAGUCUGUGAGAGCGCCGGGGACCCACACACCAGGACCACCAGAGCUCUGUCAGCCAUGUUUGCUGCUCAGCCGUCUGUGGACUCGUUCAUCCCUCAGAAAGUCCUCUCCUCCUCCAUUGCUCAGCGAGCUCGCUCUGACAGACCCCCGUGGUACAGCAGCGGUCCAUCCAGCACCGUGUCUAGCGCCGGGCCGUCCUCCCCGACCACAGCGGACACCUCGCCCCGCUUCAGUUUCGGGGAGAAGAUCAGUCUGACCCCCCAGAGCAGCGAGGAGACUCACUCCUUACACGUCUCUGCUCUGACGGCGUCCAGCGCUGCGUCACAGUGCCAGGACCCAACAAGCCCCGCCCCCUCACAGCCCGCUGAGGUCCCUCUGACUCCCAACAACUCCCCAGAGGAGGAACCCGAGCCCCCCGCUCCUCUCCCUGAAGAUCCUGAGAGUACACAGAGCUGCUCAGAGGGGGUCCCUGCAGCUCUGGAUCCGGUCCCCGACCCCGCCAUCAGACCUCCGUGCUCCGCGUUAGCCGAACUGGCUCUGAGCAGGAUGGAGGGGUACUGCCUCCCCGGCUCUCUGCCCGUCCUGCUGGAACUCAGAGAGAGCAGCAGCGAGGCCGGGUCCAGCUCACAGACCCCCCAGAGUCCUGAGGGGCCGGACGAGUUCUUCGACACGCAGGAGUCCAUGGAGCUGUGGAUGGACAGCCCAGAAAAUCCCGACCCUCCAGAGGCGUCCCUGGAGGGUGGGGAGACCCACAUACAAGAGCCUUAAAGGACCGGUCAGACCGGGUCACACAGAAACUGGACCAGCAGGGUCUUGUAGAGGAUCAGGACAAACCGGUCUCUGAUCCAGAGUGAGAGUCAGUCAAGAGUACAUCAGCUAAUCCUCAGACUGAACCACACACACACACACACACACACACACACACACACACACUCCUCUGGCUCUCGGGUCUUGGUGUCAUCAGACCUCCUCCCCUCGUCCCAGACUCAGACGUCCCGGCUGCUCUCAGAGCUGCAGUGAUGACGCUCGGCCAGCAGGGGGCGACACAGGGCUCCUGUAAGAACAAUAUCCCAGCUGAUCCUCUGGACCUGUGCUCACCUGUUACAGCUCACCUGUUACAGCUCACCUGUUACAGCUCACCUGUUACAGCUCACCUGUUACAGCUCACCUGUUACAGCUCACCUGUUACAUCAUUACUGUUUCUCUGUUACAGACUCUUACUCUGAAGGGAAACACAGGACGUGACUCACAGAGACAGGAAGCUGAUGCUCUCUCUCUGUGUCUGUGUCUGUGUGUGUGCGCGUGUGUGCGUGUGUGUGUGUGUGCGUGUGUGUGUGUGUGUGCGCGUGUGUGCCUGUGUGUGUGUGCGCGUGCGUGCAUGUGUGUGUGCGCGUGUGCGUGUGUGCGUGCGUGUGUGUGUGCGUGUGUGUGUGUGUGCGCGCGUGCGUGCGUGCGUGUGUGUGUGUGUGUGCGUGUGUGAGAGAGAGAGUGUGUUCUGCUUGAUGCUGCAGGUGUUGUUGAUGAGAGGGUUAAUCACUCAGAUGAAUAAAGUCUCCCUUAAAGCUC